GGAAAGCGCGGAGAGUCAGUCCUGCCUGCCAUCCGCAAUCGCCGUCGUGCGCUCGAAAACUGAACGUCCAGCGAGCGCAUCCGGGAACAGAUACAAGAACAGAUACAAGAAACGGGCACUGAAGCAUAUCCAGGAACAGAUACGGGAAAGGAACAGGGACAGGGCUGCACUCAUCCAGCCAGUACCACUUCCAAGUUCGUGAGGAGAGAGAGGAGAGAUGUCGUCCGAUCUGGUGCCCGAGACGCGGGUGCUGGCCAUCGCAAGCCAUGUUGUCUAUGGAUACGUGGGGAAUACAAUGGCAACUUUCGUAAUGCAGUCGUUGGGAUGCGAAGUCGCUGCACUAAACACCGUCAACUUUAGCAACCACACGGGAUACGGACAGGUCAAAGGCGCGAAGACAUCCGCCGAAGGGAUCACUUGUCUGUAUGAUGGUCUGCGUCAAAGCUACCUGACGGACUUUGACGUUUUGCUUACCGGCUAUGCACCGAGUGCAACCGCGAUCGAGGCCAUUGGCGCGAUCGCAAUGGAUCUGAGGCAAAGGUCUCUCAAAAGACCCGGGUCAUUCUUUUGGGUACUCGAUCCGGUGAUGGGAGAUCAAGGGCGGAUAUAUGUUAAUGAAGAUGUGGUACCCGCCUAUAAAAAUCUCGUCCCGCUUGCGGACUUGAUAUUGCCGAAUCAAUUUGAGGCCGAGCUUCUUUCUGGGAUAAAGAUCACAUCAUUGGCGAACCUCAUGGAUGCCGUUGCAGCGAUUCACCGCAACUACAACGUCCCACAUAUCAUCGUUACCUCAGUACAGCUUCCCGGCACCCUAUCUGCUUCAUCAUCAACGGUGUCUUUAGCGACCGCAGACGACUCUGUCUGCACUCAUGAUACCCGACUAAAUACGCUCGUAGUGGUUGGUUCUACCAUGAAGACUGACGGUUCUGCCCGCCUCUUUAAGGUGGAUGUGCCGCUUAUGGACUGCUUUUUUAGCGGGACAGGCGACAUGUUUGCGGCGCUGAUGGUUGCAAGGCUACGGGAAGCUGUCUUUGCCGCGGAGCCCAUGUCGCCCCCAUUACAUGAAUUGCGUUCCUGGGUAUCGCCUGAUCACGUUCCGGCCACACAGCUACCUCUCGCCAAAGCGACCGAAAAGGUCCUCGCCAGCAUGAACGCCAUUUUGGAAAAGACCAUGAUAGCUAGAAGCGAAGAACUAGAAAGGCAUUCGGAAACUGAAGAAGAUACUACGUUUGCAGAGCUACCAGAAGCUGAACGCAAAACUGCUCUUGCAAAGAGAGAGCGUCUGCGUCGGACGAAAGCUGCGGAGAUCAGGCUUGUACGCAAUGUCGACCUGUUGAAACAUCCCGAAAUCAAAUAUUUUGCGGAAGAAUGGUGUCUAUGAUGACCGUGUUCUCUGUGCCCCUCGCAUAUCUAGCCUUUGCUAUGUUAAAGCAUGUAUGGUUCGGAUACCCCGCUUAAAGAGCGAGACGAUAUAGAAUCUAAACAGAACCUGACGAAGGGAUGACUUUAAGACGUUCUUGCAAGACUGCAGAUAUUGAUGGAUCAUGAAUAGAAUUGAUUUUCACGCCGAACG